AACAGACCCAACUCCAUUCCCAUACGUCACCAGAUCUCACCCUUCGUAUUUAGUCUUUCUGGAAUCUUCUCUGUGGUCCAAAGUUGAGCCGGAUCUCUCGAGUCUCAGGCUCAAAGCGAUAGGACAGCCAUGGCUGACGAGUUCGAGUUCGCGGACAAGGUUCCUCCUUCGUUCGAUGGCGUGGCUGCUGCAAAAGGGUUUAACCCUGGAUUGAUAGUGUUGCUUGUUGUUGUUGGACUACUGGUGAUUUUCCUGGUUGGAAACUACGCACUUUACGUGUAUGCUCAAAGAACUGUUCCCCCUAAAAAGAAGAAGCCGGUGUCGAAGAAGAAGCUGAAAAGGGAGAGACUGAAGCAAGGCGUUUCUGCUCCAGGAGAGUAAAAACGUUGAACUCUGUGUUGAGAAGUUUUUCGAAACACCUUAUGCGUUUGGGAUUGAGAAGUUUUUCUUUAUUUGCCUUAAUACUUUCGAACUUUAGUUGGAGCUUUGGAAGUUACAAGUUAACCCUGUAUCAGCGUAGAGACCAGGGAGUGAGUGAGAAUGCUGUUCUUAAAAUACAGUUUUAUCUCUUUAAUUUUAGAACUUAGAAAGAAAUCUCUUGCCAAAGCUAUUUUAAUUAUUUUUGUUUGUU